AUGAAAAUGACCAAGUUGUAUAAACAUAAAGAUGAAAGGACCAAUACAUCACUGAAUAGUCUUAAAAGAAUAUCAUCAAACGUUUUUAGUGAUAAAUUAAAUAAUUUAGAUGUUAGUAGAGUAUUUAACAAUAUAGAUGAUUAUGUUAAAAAAUAUCCAUUCUUAAAUAAUAUAGGAAAAAAAUUUGGUGUUAAACCAUCUUAUAUUAUCGUACCUUUUUCCAUAUUUAUAUUUCUUUCUUUAGUUUUUGGAUGGGGUGCUGCAAUUAUUUGUAAUGUCGUUGGCUUUGCUUAUCCGGCGUAUCAAUCCUUCAAAGCUGUUGAAUCUCAAAGCAGAGAGGAAACUAAAUUAUGGUUAACAUAUUGGGUGGUUUUUUCUUUGUUUUUUUUUAUUGAAUAUUUAAUUGACAUAAUAUUAUUUUGGGUACCUUUUUAUUACCUAAUAAAAUUGCUCUUUCUUUUAUAUUUGUAUAUGCCCCAGGUACGAGGAGCAGUAAUGGUAUACAACUAUAUAAUUCGUCCCAUUUUAUUGAAACAUGAAAAAAUUAUAGAUGACACUGUUCAGAAAAUUAGCCAAACGGCAACUAGCCAUUUAACUCAAAUCACAGGAAAUUUAACAGAGAAGUUAGUACAGGAAGGAAUAAGAAGAAGACACAUAUGA